AUGGACCCCAUACAUCACUCUCAAGACGACCAGGAGCACCAGGGCGGUCAGCAGACCGACAUGCAGCGCGAGCUUGCAAACCAAGUCGCAGCCCAGGCCAUCGAGGCCGCUGUAGCUGCUCAGUCCGAAGCAGGCGCAGAGGCCGAUGCUGGUGUAGGGAUGGCGCAAGAACUCGCAGGUGGCAGGGAAGACGAGGCGAGCGACAUACACAUGCGGGAUACUUCGCAUCCUCCCCAACACCAUCCUCGCCAACCUACAUUUCCGCGCUCCCGACAUUCGUUCGCGACCUUGUCAAACUCCGAGUCACCCGUGGCGGGGCCUUCGGCGAUCGGUAGGCACCCUGUGAGAGGGGAUCAUGCCGCCACAAGCGCUGCUCAAGGAUCUCAUUCGGUCCUCUCUGCGAACGACCAGAUAGCUAUUUUACGGGAGAGUUAUGCUCGUAAUCCAAAUCCGGGCAAACAAGAACUUGAGCGGCUGGCAGCACGAACGGAGAGGCCGUGGAACAAGAUUAGGGAAUAUUUCAGGCAGCGGAGAAACAAGCUGAGAGGUCUAGAAGCACUCGAGACGAUGAUUGAACCUGGGAGGGCACAAGGAUGGCUGCUCAUAACAUAUCGCUCUGCGUCGCCCACGUCGUAUGUUCCCCAGCUCAAUCUGUACAGUGCAUACAAGCACCGUUUCGAUCCCUACUCCAUCACAACUCCUCUGCUAGGCGGACAGGACCUCAUCCAAUUGGCUUGUGCCACGUUUCCUGGCUGUGAAAUGGCCAGAGACGAAGGAGAAUACGUCCUGAAAGGGUUGGCCAAAAAGGUCAAGGAAGGUGACCAUCGAGAUGAUGGUUCUCAUGACCCUGAUGGGGUUGACAAGACCGGUCACAAAUAUGCGGAAGGUGUCGAUCCCGAAGAUUGGGAAAAAGGCAUGGAAGGACUGGUAGAACCUUUACGGGCAGGAAGCUGGCUCCUCAGCUCGUUCCAAUCCCACGCCAGCGGCACAGGAAGCCCCAUCACGCAGACAGACCUCUACACUUCGUACGCCGCGCGCUUUUCCUCCCUCUUGAGCUCCGCACCCAAUCUUCAGCCUGGAGAGGAGAGAUGCAAGGACGAAGCGAGAUCUAUCAACCAGGCAGAAUCGUUGAUGGCCUUCCAGGAAGCUGGCCUCGGGGAUACGAGGGGCGAGGAUGGAGAGUCGGUACCGGUGGAGGACGAUGACAUCCCGUCGCUCGACGAAGACCAACACCUCGAUGCCCCUCCGAUGGAUACCACUCAUUUCACUGCCUCCGCCUCAUCUCCCGACUCGGCCCUACCUGGUAUACCAAAAGAGAACCGUCUCCUUACUCCUCUCGAGCUGAUCAACCUCACUCGCAUGACAUUCCCGACUUGCGAGCCCCUCGUUGAUGAAAACGGGCGGUUCAUAGUCAAAGGGCUGGAGCGGAGAGAAGGCUACGAGCCGGGCAAGAAAAGGAGAGAAGGAGAGAUGUAUCCUUUUGCGUUGAUGAGAGAGACUGAAGGGGAGACGAGGGUUGGAGAGGAAUUUGUUCGAGCUAUCAAAAGAAAGUUGGCCAGUCUACAAGACGGGCCCGAUCUUGCGCUUGGUGCAAAGAUAGAGGAGGGGAGAGCCAAGAAGAGAAGAGAGGAACCAUUGACAGAAGAGGACAGGGAGAUGCUGGAAGGACUGAAGCGGUUCAAGUCGAGCAGACUGGGGCAAGAAGUUCACGAUGCUUGUAUAUCGCAAUAG